CGAUCCCGCCAGCCUUCCUUUGUCCCCAUGCAAUUUGUCGUUGCCGGCCCUCGUUCUCGCGUUCCAUACGAUUGCCUAAAACUACUUUCCCCGCUCCUCUUGUGUCAGUUCUGUGACUCCAUUUCACGUACCAUUAUUGCGAGGACUCACAGAAGAAAAAAAAACUUAUGAUUUGAAGCACCUAGGCAUCAUAAUAGGUACUGUAAAUCAUGGCGUCCUUGGAGGAACUGUUGGAAGGAGACGGAUUCAGGCGAGAAUCAAAAAAAGGAAAAGAAGUCAAGAAAUCCAAGUCCUUGAAUUAUAACGUCUGCAGAGACAUGAAUCCAAUGAGGCAGAUCAGAUCCGUUCCGCCAUCGGGAGAGCUGGUGAAAGGUCGAGAAAGCUUCAAGGGAUCACGACGUGCACACCGAUCUUCUAGAACAUCAGAAACAACAGAGUCCAGCAACACCAGAACGAGAUAUAAUUCCGAAUCUGAAACAAAAUCUAUCAAGCCCACAACUCUGGAAACAGAAUCUAUGAAGCUCACAACUCUGGAAACAGAAUCUAUGAAGCCCAUAACUCUGGAGCUCAAUAAGGAAACUUCCCUGGACGAGGCGGCGGUGAAGGCGGUGAUAUCGAUGAUUGGCGGCUUCUGCAAACGCUUCAUCAGGGAUAAAGAUUUAAGAGAGUCUCUGCACAAAAAGUGCAGUUCUUCACUGCAGGAACAUAAAAAGCCUCAGCCGCUAAAAUACCAUGCAGAGCAGGCUGUUGUGGCGAAUCUGGAUUGGGGAAUGGACGGCAUAGAAUCCGCCAUUGCUAUGGCGGCCGCCGGCAUUAAUUCAGAUGGCCUUUCUGAAUCUCUGCGCAACAGCACCAGAAUGCUAAGUGUGGCGGCGUCUCUUGAUGUCGACGGAUUAAGGUAUUCUUCCACGUGCGGGCUAAAAAACUCCUGUCUUGCGGCCUGUGCCUAUUUUUAUCUUGCCAUCGCUUAUAAGCUCCAGAAAAACGACCGCCUCGCCGCCAUACAUGUUCUGCAGGUGUUGUGCGUGUCGCCUUCUGAGGGGCGUUUGAAUUUCUGUAAUGAAGUCUGGGAUAAUCUUUUUCUUCCCCAUCUCUUGCAUCUCAAAGUCUGGUACAAUGAACAGUAUGAUUUGAUCGAUGCCGCUUUUAAGGAUAAUCUGUCUCAUAAUCCUGAGCGAUCGAGGAAGUUGAAAAAGCUGCGGAAGUUGUAUAAUAAGCAAGUGGAUGAAGGGACUCGCCAAUUUGCUCUGUAUUAUAAGGAAUGGCUGAUGAUCGGUGUCAAAGCCCGUGGGACUCCAGAUAUUAAACCUCCAUCAAAAUUGCCCAAGAAAAUCGACAAUGGUCUGGAUUUGGUAGUGUUUUCAGAGAAAAACGUGGCUUCGCUUCCAAAAGUUCCGCUCAGAAGAAGCCUGUCUGAAGAUAUUUUUGAUACACCCAACAGAAGUAGAAAGAUAGAUUCCAGGCAUGAAUCUGUUUUGGAUACACCCAACAGAAGUAGAAAGCUUGAUUCCGGGCAUGAAUCUGUUUUGGAUACACCCAACAGAAGUAGAAAGCUUGAUUCCAGGUCUGAAACUGUUUUUGAUACACCCAACAGAAGUAGCAAGUUUGAUUCCAGGCCUGGAUCUGUUUUCGAUACACCUAGAAGAUCUGGAAAGCUUGAUAAAACAACUAUGGGAAUGCAUAAUGCAGAAACAAAUAAAACUAUCACUUCAAUGCCUCAAGCACAAGAGACAAAUGUGGUUUUGGAAGCUGAAGAGCUCAAAAUAAGGCCUAAUGGUCACCAGGUGGAAAAUGGUGUAUGCUAUAUCAAAGAAGGCUCUCUUGGAAAGACAGGAAACCAGGUAAAAGAAGCAGAUGAAAGUAUAUCAAAAAAUAGCAUAUUUCUGGAAGGAAAAGAGCUUAAAGAGGAAGAGAUGCUGAAGUUAUGGGAUCAUAUGACACAGUACACUACAUUUGAUGAGAAGUGUUCUAUUAUUUGCAAGCUUUCAGACAGGAAAGGAAAUGCAUUGACUUUGAAGCAGUUUGCUGAAAUUAUACACAGUCUGCAACAAUCUAAUCCAAAUUCCUACUCCCCUUUGAGCCCAUUAUCUUCUUCAGAAAUGACUCAACCACCAUCUGAUUCAGAGAUAGAAACAGAGAUUUCUCAAAGUGCAAACCUAGGAGAGGAAUGUAAAAAAGAAAACAACACUGUAUCUAUACGUAACAAUUCUGUAUCAGACAGUGCAGGACUCAAACCUCAGAACACUGUAUAUUUUAAACAAGCAGGUAAUAUAAGAAUCCCAAAAGAUUUUGUGUGUCCUCUUACAGACCAGUUGUUUGAGGAUCCAGUAACAAUAGAGACUGGACAAACCUAUGAGCGUGCAGCAAUCCAGGAACGGUUAGAUAAUGGCGAUAUGAUAUGUCCAAUAACUCGGCAGAAGCUGGAAAGUUUGACACUGCCAAAUACGAAUUCCUCACUCAAGCAAGCUGUGGAUGCUUGGAAAAUAUCACAUUCAGGAAUUUGGACAGAGCAUGGUCGUGCCGGUCAACAAUUGGAACAUACAGUUUCACUCCAAUAUAUGCCUGAAAACCAUGCUGAUCUUAACAGCCUUAGAGAGCAGUCACCUAAACAAUUUUCACACAAACUGAAUGCAAACAGCAAUAUGGAGAGUUCAAGCCAAAAAGGUUUGCUGAGCAGACGUUUUUCUCAGAAUGAUAAAGAAUCGUUUGAUUCUACCCAUCCAAUUUCACAUGAUCUUUUAAGUAAUUUAAAGCAGGCUACAGCCAUCCUAUGCACUUCAAACGACUUAAUAGAAUGUGAAGAGGCUGCCCUAACAAUUGCUCAUAUUUGGCUAGAAUCAAAUAGUAACCCUCUAGUAGAAGCAAGCCUCUCAAAGGUUGCCGUUAUUGAUGAACUAAUGGAGGUUCUUUCAACUUCUGAAAAUGAAGAGGUGCUACAACAUAUCGUCUGUAUUUUAGCAGAACUAGCAGUCAAAAGUGACCUAAAUAGGAAGACAAUCCUUAGGGCGGACUCAGACUUUGAAAUUAUUAUGCGAAUUGUCAAGAGCAACAUUUUCCCACAUGCUAUAGUUCUACUGCAUCUAUUAAAGCCCCCACCUUCAAAAUUAGUUUUGCUUGACUUGAUAUCACUGCUUCUUGCGGUUAUCGACAACACUUCCGACUUUCAAAGCUUAAGAUUCAGCCUGUGUACACCUCAAGAAGCAGCAAUUUUAUUGUUGGAACAGCUUCUCACUGUUUUAGAUCAUACUAAAAAUAGAGAAAAUGCAAAGCAAAUCAUAUCUCUAGGAGGAAUCCCAUUUCUUUUACGCAGAUUAGAAUUGGGAAGCAUCCAAGGGAAGAUAAGUACUGUAUCAAUUCUUUGCUGCUGCAUGCAAGCAGAUGGAAACAGCAGGCAUAUAUUAGUGAGAGACGUUAAAAAAGCUUCUUUAGUAGAGCUCUUACACUGCAACCAAGGGAUGUCCAGAGCUGUUGUCAUUGCCUUUCUCUCUGAACUACUUUGUCUUAACAGAAGGACUCUAAUUAGCAAGUUCUUGAGUGAAUUGCAAAAGGAAGGGCUUCUAAAUACUAUGCAUGUCCUUUUGGUUUACCUGCAAACGGCAUCACUUGAGCAACAACCAAUGGCUGCAACCUUGCUGUUACAGCUAGAACUUCUGGUACAACCACGGCGAUACAGCGUAUAUAGAGAAGAGGCACUGGAAGCCAUAAUAGCUGCACUACAUUGCGGAACGGAUAAAAAGGCACAAUUGCAAGCAGCCAAAGCUCUUUUGAUUUUGGGAGGACGCUUCUCAUAUCUGGGUCAGACUUUACUAGAAGCUUGGCUGCUCAAAAAAGCUGGACUUGAAAAUGAUUUUAUUGAUUCUUUGAUAGAAGAAGAUGAUCCUUUAGAAGAUGACAUGAAGAGAUGGAAUGAAGAGAAGAUGGCCACAGAUGAAUGGGAAAUGAAAAUUACUAGUGCUCUACUGACUAAAGGCAAGCCACUAUUUGAAGCCCUGGCCAAGUCUUUAUCAGGUCGAGUACCUGAAUUGGCAAAACCUUGCCUUGUGACUGCUGCAUGGGUCAACUGUGCACUUGCAUCAAUGCCUGAUACUGGUAUGCAACUUGUUGCAUGCUCAAUUUUACUUCCUCAGCUGGUAGGGUGCUUACGGCAUGACAGACAAGUUGAAGAGAGGAUAUUGGCCACCCUCUCACUUCAUAGUUACAUGCAAAAUCCAGAAUGCCUUCAAUUGAUUUCAACUUUUGCACAAGAAAUAAUCGGUCCUCUACGAAGACUCAAAUGGGUUACAUGGACGGCAAAAGAGCUCCUUGAUGUCAUUGCAAAUGAUCCUAUUCUAAAAUCACAUGCAGACAUUUUCGUACAUGGUGAAGUAGCACAAAUGGAUGCUUCUGUCAAUGGAAGAACUGAAGCGCUUACAUAUGGCAAAAGAAAAUUAUAUAGUGGGCAUUCAGAUGGCACAAUCAAGGUUUGGGAUGUCAGGAACCAGCAACCAAAGUUGAUUACUGAUGUCAGGAAGCACAAAGAUUCAGUCACGUGCCUGGCUAUCUCACAAUCAUCAGAGAGACUUUUUAGUGCAUCUGCAGACAAAUCAAUCAUGGUUUGGAGAUUGGGUUUUGAAGACCUUGUUUGUAUGCAAGUAGUGCAAACGAAGGAAGUGGUGCAAAGAAUUUCUGUAAAUGCUCUUAUGACAUUCAUCAUUUCAGAAGGGUAUGGAAUAAAGGUAUUGGACAACUCUGGAUUGGAAAAGAUCUUACAUGGAAAUAAACAUGUUCAGGGCGUUGCAGUUGCUGAGAAUAAAGUUUACUGUGGCUGUUCAGAUUGGAGCAUACAGGAGGUGGACCUACGAACUGGAGAAGUAAUGAGUUUGCAGCCAGAUCAGGGUAUAUUACAAGGAAGACGAUCAACAAGUUGUGAAUUGCAAGUGUUCAAAGAUUGCUUAUACAUUUCCGGUAACUCUGUUGAAGGUGUAUCUACAGAAGUAUGGAAUUUGAAAAACAAGAACCUCGCCGCCAAAAUAUCCACAAUUACAGAUGUCAUAGCAAUGGCAGUGAAUGAGGAUUUCAUUUACCUUGGAUGUAAUGCGUCUACUGGGCUGAUUGAGGUAUGGCUGAGGGAAAAGUUGCAGAAGGUAUCAGUGAUAUGUACAGAAAGCAGGCUUUCUGCAUUAACAUUUGGAGAAGAUGUCCUUUAUGGUGCUUCUGAAGAUGGAAAAAUCCGGGCUUGGGCUCCUAUUUAGAACAUAGCAUGAAGAUCUUGUAGUGAUGGCCCAAGAGAAAAAGUGGAACAAAUUAAAGAGGAGGAGUCGAUUGUAUAUAGAUGGCUUGGAAAAGCAAAUGAUUAAUAUUUUGUGAAUAAAAUUUUGUCUGUAUUGUUCAUCAAGCUUGAGUGUCUGAAGAGCAUUUCUUAUUUAUCUCCCUUGUCUAUUUUACAGAGUAAUAGCAAAAGGCUCAAGCCUACAAUUUUUUUUGUAAA